AUGUCCUCCUCCGGUAGAGGCGACCACCACAGGAGAAACCGGAACACGACUUCUCAUCAUCCCACGGCCUCCCCGAACGACGAUCACCUCGGACAACCCAUUCUUGAUCGACAUAACACACCAUCCACUCCCGAGCCCUCUUCGAGUUCGAAUCAAAACAACCGUGGGCGGGGCGCUCAAUUUCGAAGGAAUUCGAGGUGGGCACCGAGGAAUCGAGUUGGGGAAUCUCACAAGUCCGAGGAAAAAGUAGGAGGGGAUGAGGCGGAAUGUUGUAGCUCAAGCUCGCAAAUUUAUUCGGAUGCUGGUGAAGUAAAGGUUGAAGAGUCGGGUUCGGGUUCGGGUUCGGUUUCGGAUGUGGGUGCCAAUAAUGGUGAAACUGAGGGCUACAGAGCUGACUGUGAAAGGGGACAGGAAACUACUGAAGAAUUGGAUUCGGGUAAUGAGGAUGAGACUCUCAAAAGAUUGAAAGAGCUGCGCCUGAGUGUUGAAGAGCCCGAGUCAGAGGAGGAAUUACUGGCCAUCAAUCAACAGCUGCAGGAGGAUGAGCUGUUGGCAAUGGAAUCUAUUUAUGGAGAAAAACUCUACAUUCUAGAGAAUCAGGGUGGCUUAAAGCGUUUCCAGGUUCAUAUUCAUGUCGAAGUGCCCCAGGGAUUGGGCAUCACCACAAAGUGUAACAACUCAGGUUUCGUUGAGAAGGGGAGAGAAAAUGCUACCACAGAUUUCUCGUACUCAUUUCGAGUGGAAUAUCUGCCACCAAUCAUAUUGACUUGUUUAUUACCUAAAUCCUACCCGAGCAAAUGUGCCCCCCAAUUCACGAUAUAUGUCCAGUGGUUGGAACAUACUAACAUAUCCCGUCUUUGUAGUGAGCUCGAUUCGAUUUGGGCUCAAAAUGCGGGUCAGGAGGUGAUAUACCAAUGGGUGGAUUGGUUGCAUAAUUGUACCCUCUCUUAUCUUGGUUUUGAUAGUGAGAUACUUCUUGGACCCUAUGGUGUAAGACAUGAUGAUCGACAAGAAGAGAUUAGGGCAAUUUCGGGAAGUGCCUCCCCUGAUAUCGAUAUUCCUACUCUCAAGAGUUACAAUGAUGAAAAGUUGUAUGAGAUUUUUUGCAAAAACAUCCAAGAAUGCUGCAUUUGUCUCAGCGAGUUUGCUGGUUCGGAGUUCAUUAAGCUGCCAUGUGAGCACUUCUUUUGUGAGAAAUGCUUGAAAAGUUUUACGAGCAUUAAUGUGAUGGAUGGAACAGUAUUCAAGAUCAAAUGCCCGGAACCAAAAUGUGAUGGCAUGAUUCCGCCUGGUUUGAUUAAACGGUUAUUGGGAGAAAAAGAGUUUGAACGAUGGGAGUCAUUGUUGUUGGAGAAAACAUUGGAAUCCAUGAAAGAUGUGGUUUACUGUCCAAGAUGUGAAACGGGCUGUUUGGAGGACAAGGAUCAUCUUGCACAAUGCUCAAAGUGUUAUUAUAGCUUCUGUUCACUCUGUAUGGAUAAACGUCAUGUUGGGGCUGAAUGCACGACACCUGAAACCAAGUUAAAGGUUCUAGCGGUAAUGUUCCAAUCUUCUCAUAGCUCUAAUGAGCGACAAAAUUCAUUGUCACCAAUGAGGUGGCACGAACAGGCAAUGAUCAAUGACUUGCUUAGUCUCAAGGAGAUUUUCGCCACCACAAAACGAUGCCCUAAUUGUAGCCUAGCUAUAGUUCGAAGUGUAGGUUGCAAUAGUAUGGUUUGUCGUAAUUGUGGCCAACAUUUCUGCUACCGUUGUAGUAAGGCCAUAUCCGGAUAUGACCAUUUCAGGAAUGGUGAGAACUGCGAGAACGCCGAGAAGGAAGAAGAAACCAAGAGUUGGAAUAAAAGGACGAAUGGACCAGUGGCAGUGGGUGCACAGAUGGCCAGAUUGAACCCUAAUGCUACUCAUCCUUGCCCAUGUUGUGGACGACACAAUGUCAAGAUUUGGAAAAGCAAUCACAUAACGUGUUGGGCGUGCAAAAGACAUUACUGCUACCUGUGCAGAGAGAGAGUAAGGCAAAGAUCGGAACAUUUUGGUCCCACGGGUUGCAGUUCAAGGAGAAUCGAUUAUCAAACUGAUGAUAGUUUUAUGGAGUGA